AAGGAAGCUCCCCUCUCUUGCACCAAUAGCACUCCAAGUGUAGUGCGGGCCUUUGUUUGACCUGUCAUUCAAUCUCUCGUUACAGUGUUAUUCAACCGCUUCCUUUAUGGACUCUGGCUUAACUUCUUGCCUACCAGAGAUAACUUGAAAAUUCGGACAAAGUCACGUGGCCGGCACUUCUCAUCUCAUCUUUUGUGACAAAAUGGCAAAAGACAAGAAGGGAAAGAGCGAGGGAAAGAAAGCGAAGAUAGCAGAAAAGAAGCAGAAGCAAGAAAAGAAAGGGGUGAAGAAGGAGAAAGUCAAGAACUCCAAAGCCAACGACAGCGAUGCCGAAGACGUCGACCUCGAUGCCGUCCUAGCAGAAUACGCCAAGAAGCAAGAGCAAUUCCUCAAGGUCACAGAGUCACCCUGUGAUCCACCAAGAUCUCGAGCUUCUUCUACCUUGAUUGCUUCACCUACGAACGACAACGAGCUUUUCCUGUUUGGUGGAGAGUAUUUCAAUGGAGCAUUGGCGACUUUCUUUAAUGAUCUCUACGUCUACUUGAUAAACCGAGACGAAUGGCGAUUGAUCACAUCGCCCAAUACUCCUCUUCCGAGAUCAGGGCAUGCGUGGUGCCGUGGCGGCAAUGCUGGAGGCAUCUAUUUGUUUGGAGGAGAGUUCAGUUCACCUAAGCAAGGUACCUUCUACCACUACAAUGAUUUCUGGCGUUGCGAACCCUCAACUCGAGAAUGGACCAGGUUGGAAACCAAAGGCAAAUCACCACCCGCAAGAAGUGGCCAUCGAAUGACAUACUACAAAAACUACAUCAUCUUAUUCGGGGGCUUCCAAGACACCUCACAGCAGACGAAGUAUCUUGCAGAUUUAUGGCUCUAUGAUACUCAAAACUUCGUAUGGCACGAUCCCAUGCUUCCGCUUGCGACGCAGAAGCCUGAUGCCCGUUCAUCCUUUACUUUCCUUCCCCAUGAAUCUGGAGCGGUGUUGUACGGAGGAUAUUCCCGAGUUAAGUCUACAGUGACUGGCAAGCAGACAAAAGGAGGUGGCCAGGCCCAACGCAAUGUCCUAAAGCCCCUGGUACAUCAAGAUUGUUUCUUCCUUCGGAUAACUCAGCCAGCCGCAGAGGCCCCACCCAAUUCUCCUCCUACAGUCAGAUGGGAAAGAAGGAAAAAGCCAGCUAACGCACCAAAUCCCCCGCGUGCUGGAGCUACGAUGGCCCAUCACAGGGGCCGAGGAAUAAUGUUUGGCGGUGUACAUGACGUGGAAGAGAGCGAAGAGGGGAUUGAUUCAGAGUUCUUCAAUGGCUUAUUUGCAUGGAACAUUGAACGGAAUCGUUAUUUUCCAUUGUCCUUGAGAAAGCCUCGAACCAACCAACGCAAGCCUCAAGAGACGAGAAGUGGCCGUCGUGGAAGAGGUCAGGCAAAUGAAGAUGAGCUACUACGCAAUCUCGCAGCACUGCAGACUGGAAAAUCACUGGCAGAUGCUGAUGAGAUGGAUGUUGAGAAGACGACAGGUGAUACGGAUGAGAAGCAAUUACCAGCCAAAGAAGUGCUUCAAGAGUUUCCUCAUGUGCGAUUCAAUGCUCAACUCACUGUACAGGACGAUGUUCUCUACAUCUAUGGGGGCACCUUCGAGAAAGGAGACCGAGAAAUGACAUUCGACGAAAUGUACGCUAUCGAUCUCGACAAGCUCGAUGGAGUGAAGCAGAUCUUCCACCGUGAGCCAGACAACUGGCUCGGAUCUGAUGACGAGGACAGUGAAGAGGAAGAUGGCAGCGAUGAAGAUGACGAGGACGAGGACGAGGACGAAGAGGACGAGGAGGGGGAUAUCAAAAUGAGUGACGAGAAGCCUCUGCACACAGAAAGUACUCGGAAGUCGAAGAGAAAGGACAAAGUCGUUGCUCCUGGGGACGAGGCUAACGAGAUGGCUUCGAUACCUUCUACUUUCGAUGAUACGCCUGACGAUGCCACAUCCGCAACUUCUCCCGACGAUAGCUUCCCACAUCCUCGACCGUUUGAGUCCAGAAGAGACUUCUUCCAGCGGACCGGGAAUGAGUGGCAAGAGGCGUUGAUGGCUAGCUUGAGGUGGAAGGGUAUACAACCCGAGACUUUGUCAGUCAAGGAGAUCAAGACUAGGGCUUUUGAGAUGAGUGAGGAGAAGUGGUGGGAUUGCCGCGAGGAGGUCACCGCACUUGAGGAUGAGCAAGAAGCUGCGGGAAUUGGAGAGGUUGUUACACUGGCUGAUAGGGCUGAAGCAAGUGGCGGGGUUGGAAGAAGGAGAUAAUGAAAAAAGAAAUUGUAAAUGAGAACGGGUCAACUUUUCCUUCCAGGCAAUGCCGUAACGUGAUAGAGACAACUCUUGGAGGGUGACCGUUCUUGCCAAGGUUAAUCAUGAAGAAGAAAUUAUGCUAGAUUCU